UCCUAGGACGACAAGCACCAGAAGUGGUUUUGCAGCAUCAGGCGCAACAUAGUUGUCGCCAAAAAAUUCGAACUUUAUACGCUGACAACGAAACCCACCUCUCUCUCUCUCUCUCCUCGCUCCUUCCUUCUUCGUCGAUCGGUUCUUCCCCAGUCUCUCUCAUCGCAAACCCCACGAGCAGCUGAGCUCGUGAUCUGCUGCGACCCCAGCAAAUGGCGGAGAAACCCCAGCCCGUCAAAGUCCCGUACUGCGCCGCCUGCUCUAUGCCCGCCGAGUACUGCGAAUUCGCCCCCGAUUUCGAGAAAUGCAAGCCCUGGCUCCUCCAGAACGCCCCCGAGCUCUACCCAGAUCUUCUCAAAGAGGCUGAUGAGAAGGAGGCUGAUAAGGUGUCUGAGCAGCUCCAGUCAGUCGGAAUCUCCUCUAGCGGCAGUAGAGACGGCGCCGCUUCCACCGCCCCUCGCGGGGAUUCUUCUUCGAAUAAGCCAGAAGAAGUGAAACGUCUACCUGGCGGAAAAGUUAAGAAGAAGGAUAAGCAAGAAGUUGUGAUCGAAAAGGUCAUACGUAACAAGCGCAAAUGUAUCACUGUUGUCAAAGGACUUGAGCUAUUUGGCAUUAAACUCAGUGAUGCUUCAAAAAAGCUAGGAAAGAAGUUUGCAACCGGAGCAUCAGUUGUCAAGGGACCGACUGACAAGGAGCAAAUUGAUGUUCAAGGAGACAUAUCCCUUGAUAUUGUGGAGUUCCUCACAGAAACCUGGCCUGAUGUGCCUGAGGCUGCUAUAUACUUCAUUGAAGAUGGAAAAAAGGUCCCAGUGGUUUGAGUUGAAGUUGUUCCCUGAGUGAUCUGGUUGGUUUCGUGACAUAAACACAAGCUGGAGAACCGCUGUGCUUGUGAUUGGAGCACCUUAUGUUGAGCGGCCACAGCUAAUUUUAAGGAAGAACUCUGUGCUGGAGAUGUUGAAUAUUUAUAGGUGUUGAUUCUCCAGCAGCUUUUGAACUUGUCAUAGUUAUAGUUCUGCAGUUUUAUUUUGGGUUAUAUAUAUACACGAAAAGGAUGAGCUUCUUAUCUUACCUUUACUACGCCAUACGAUCUCGUGUUGGUACUCGCUGCUCAGCUGAGUUAUUGAAGGAACAUUUCUGUUCCCGUGCUCGAGGAGCUGAGCUGAUCUCUGCUGGUUCUUGGUGAAGUCUGAGAUCCGAUUUGUGGGUACUGUAGAAAAAUUGCAGAUCAUCAUCCUGUUAUCUUGUGCUUUGCCUCGAUAUUUCUUAGCAUAUGGACUUACUAAUUAGUAGCAUCAACUUGGCGACUAUGUAACAUGAUGGCACAUCAUGAAACUAAUGUCUCUGUGCUCUGCAUAGUUAUGAGCAUAGAUUGGACUAUGGACCGGCCGAUCUAUGCAUGCAAUUUCGCCAUCGUUAUUCAA